GACAUAAAUUUCAGCUUAUGUGAGGCUCAUAAGUGUGCCGAAAAUCAUUCUAAAUUAUUUUUAUUGUGUUAAGGUAUCAAGGCGCCUUAUCCAGAUAGUUAGAUUUGGUGCAAAAUUAUCUAAUUUCAUAUAAUUGAUUACAAAUCAGUUUUCGCGAAUGGACUUUAAGCAAAAAUCACCACCUAGAAAUGGUAAAAGUUACUACGAACAACAACAAAAAUAUCACCAUCGAUCACCUUACAAUGAAUUAUCCACAAAUCAGUCAUUGCUACACCACAUUAACACGUCAGCAAGUAACAAUAAGCAUCAUAUGGAUGUUUAUGAAUACGAAAAUCAUCAAAAGCAACAAAACAUUUAUGUGAAAAAUCAUUAUCAUUCACCGAAAGCACGACACAUACGAAGACGUGCGAGAAGUGAAUGUUUAUCACCAACGCGAAGUCCAAAAAGCAUUCAUCAAAAUCACCAACAGUCACAACAAUAUCACGAACGAUUUUAUUCAAAAACUUCACAUCAAAAUGGAUACGUGACGAAGGAACCGGAACUCUGGCAGAUUCAUAGACGUGAUGAGAUAUUAGCAACUGGUUAUCGUCGUGAUUAUCAACCUCAUGGCGAUGAAACUUACAAGCAACGUUUUCACAACCUUCAAAUUGAUGGGAAAAGUGUGCAAUUUGAAGAUUUUGAUUCCGAAUUAGACCAAACAGAUUACACAUCAUGGCAUCAACGACGAAGAUUUCGUGCACGAAGUGAAUCAGCUUCAAAUGAUUACUUUUAUCCUGAAAAUUAUCAUAAUGUCAAUGAAAAUCGUGCUAAACGAACACGUGAUGCUGUGAUAUCGCCUGUUAAAGAGCCUCGUGCAGUUCCAUCGCAACAACGUCAUGUGACUAACUCGAAAAAUAAUUUCAGUGUCUUAGUGAAUAACAACACCACGCAUUAUCGUUACUCACCCAAAUCUAAAGUUCGUUCGCAUUAUUUAGGCCAUAAAAUUGGAGUUGUUCGUGUCUCAUCGCCAUUGCAUAAAGCACGAGCUCAAAUUUGGAAGAGUCAAUCAAGUGGAUCAACAACAAAUUCGUCAAUUCCAUCAAUAGAAUCGAAUUCAACUCCGGAAACACCGCAAGUUGAUGAAUACGAUGACGAUGAUGAUGAUGAAGUUGUUGAUGAUGAUGAUGACGAUAAUGAUGAUCCAAUAAUGUAUGGACCGGGAAAUGAAGUGAUAGAUGAUGAUAUGACAGAUCCUGAAGAUAAUUACGAAAAUUGUAGUUUAGAUCAACGGAAUUUAUUAACUCAGCCAUUGUCAACAAUCAACACCAAUUGUGUUCAAGGUGGACAUGUUCUUAGUGCACCAUUUGCUCCAUCACUCUUUCCAUUUGUUCCACCUUACAUUAGUUUUGCAACAUUUGAACAAAAAGGUCCCGAAGUGCCAGCGAUCAUUCACAAGCAACUUAAAUGGAAACUUACGACAAUAACGCCACUUUUAGUGCGAAAAGUUUUGCUCAAUACUGGAUUUCGUUUAAUGAAAAAACCAAAUGAUUGGGUGGGAACGUGGGGAAAGCAUAUGAAGUCGCCAUGCUUCAAGACACUCCAUUCGUAUCAAAAGUUCAAUCACUUGCCUGGUAGUUUUCAAAUUGGAAGGAAAGAUCGCUGUUGGCGGAAUCUUCAAACGCUCAUGUCGAAGCAUGGAAAGAAAGAGUUUGGCUUCAUGCCACGAACGUUUAUCAUUCCACAAGAUCUCAACUUGUUGAGACAAACAUGGCAUAAAUAUAGUCAGAAGAACACAAAAUGGAUUAUUAAACCACCGGCAUCCGCAAGAGGAACGGGAAUACGGGUCGUAAAUAGCUGGUCGCAAAUUCCAAAGAGAAAACCGCUCAUUGUUCAACGAUACAUUGAACGUCCACUUUUGAUUAAUGGAAGUAAAUUUGAUCUUCGAUUGUAUGUUCUCGUGACGUCAAUGAAUCCGCUACGUUGCUACCUUCACACAGAUGGAUUGGCGAGAUUUGCAUCAGUUAAAUAUAGUGAACGUAAUGAUACGUUGAAUGAUCGUUACAUGCACUUAACAAAUUAUUCAAUCAAUAAAAUGAGCAACAGUUACGAUAAGAACGACGAUGCAAAUGCUUGCAAAGGAAUGAAAUGGACAAUAAAAUCACUUUGGAGUUUUCUCAAUGGACGUGGCGUUAACACUGAGCGACUUUGGGGUGCAAUGCGCAAUCUUGUGUUGAGAACAAUUAUUGCUGGCGAAGGUCCAAUCAACGGCAUGAUGAAGACAAACUUACAAAAUAAAUACAAUUGCUUUGAACUGUUUGGAAUUGAUGUGCUGUUGGAUUCAGAGUUGAUUCCAUGGUUGUUGGAAGUCAACAUUUCACCUUCACUUCAUUCAGCGUCAGGUCUUGAUAUGGCUGUAAAGGGUCCGCUAGUUACAGCUCUUUUAAACACUGCUUUGUAUCAGAUUCCGCCAAAGAUUCCCAUUGCUCAACAAUCUGAUCUCGCUCGUGAAUUAAAUUUAAAUACGCCACUUUGCUAUGAUAAGCGAAUUUAUGUGACAACAUUAUCGAAGGAAGAGCGCCAAAAGCACCAGCAAUUUACACAGAAAACAAUACUCAGGGAGGAUUACUUAAAUGUUAUACUUGAAAACCUCACACCAGACGAUGUUCGUUGUUUGAUUGUGAGCGAGGAUGAAUUGUCACGAUGUCAACCAUUGGAGAGAAUUUUUCCAGCUCCAAAUAGUCAUAAAUAUUUGAAUUUCACUGAUCAAACGCGAUACUACAACAGCCUUCUUGAUGCUUGGGAGCAUCGAUACAGUAAAAAACGAGAUGUUGGAAUUGCAUUACUUCGAACACUCUGCUGGAAGAGAAUUCAUCUUAAAGUUCCACCAACAACUAUUCAAAAGGAUUGCGAAAGUAAAGAUUUGGAGAAAAUAGUCGAAACCGCAGGGUCUGAUGAACCAACAUCGCAGUCAUCUCUUGGAAGUCUCGAGAUAGAAAUAAAUGCUAAUGAAAACAGAGAUACUUCGAAUUUUACCUCUGAAGCAAUGCUUAUGUCACCGAAAAAGUCACCGUCAGAUAUAAGCGAUGAGAAAUGCUUUUCAAAUAUUAUGAAUUGCUUGCCGAUAACAGCUGAAAGCGAAGUCAUUCUUGUUAAGCAGUAGAUAUUAAAUAUUUAUUAAUUCAUCACUCUUGAAAAAAUUCUUAUGUUUUUUAAUUGUAAUUUAUUCAACAUUUACAAUAUUAUGAAGACUGAUUCUAAAGAUCUUAAAAAGAAAAGGAGUUGUUAAGUACUGCGACUUUUUAAAUUCUUGUUUGAAUCGAUAUUCUCUAUGAUUUCUUUUAUACCUAGUAAAAGAUUGCUUGUAUUAGAAUUUUCAAAGCCUAAAAUUUUUUAGGUAUCUUGUUUAAAUUUUUUGUUAAAAUAAAAGAAAAAUUCUCUUUCAAUCUG